AUGGCCAUGACGGGGCCCGGGAGGAGACCGGGGAACCAAGCAGGGCCAGCGCAAUUUGGGGAGGCCCCCGAGAGCCCCGGAGUUCCGGGCGCAGAGAUGACUGCGGGAGAAGAGCGCCAGGCUGGGGCGGGACUGGAGCCCGAAUUGGAGCAGGAGCCCGAGCCAGAGCCCGACCCGGAGCUGGAGGAGGAGCUGCCCAAGGACGAGGAGCAGUUGGAAGCGCCGCGGGGUCCCCGCCCCCCGCCGCCCAUCCCGCCUUUGCGGGCCAGCCACGGGCUCAAGAGGAAGCCGGUCAAGGUGGAGGCCGAGCUGCAGCUGCAGCACACUGACCUGAGAAGGCCACCCCUGAGAAAGGAGGACUCUGAUGGACCCCAAGGAGAGCCCUCCCCACCUGCCAAACAGCACAAGAAAGCCAAGAAGCGCAAGAGCCUUGGGGUGCCGCCCCCUCUGGCUACCGCUGCCCUGGUACCCGCCCCAACAGAAACCCUCGGGCUGGAGAGGAAAGCUCAGCGCCUUCGGCCCCUGUAUCAGUACAUCAACUACAGCAACCCCGAGUUGAACCAGGCUGGGGAGGGGGAAGCUGAGGUCGAAGUGGAGCCAGGCUUGGUCCCAGACGAGGCAUCUGGAGGCCCAGAGGAGGCUAGGGUGGAGAGGCCACAGGCCUCACCCUUGGGAGAGGAGGGAGGAGAGGAGCCUGUGCCCAUCCUGAGCUUUACUACGGGGAGUCAGCUGAAGGCUGAGGUGGACAAGUCGACCCAGGUGGAUAUCGACAAGAUGCUGAGCGUGUGUGCCGCUCACCUGGUUCCCCCGCUUUCCCCCCAGUAUAAGUGACAGAAGCUCAGCCGCCCCUCUGGCUCAGGCUGCAGUGGUCCAACUCACAACAGCAGGCUCUGGAAAGAGGGGCGCUUGGCUAAGAGACUUUUUUAUUGGCCUAAAGGGCCCAAGGGGUGUUAUCAUGUUUCUACCUAAAUACCCUCAUGCCUCCUG